AUGGUAUUAGAACAUUACAAUUUUAUCUUGAAAGAAGUCUGUCAGGAUGUGAAGUUUGUGACAAUUUUGAUUUUUUGGCUUGCAACUAAUGGGAACGUUUCAUUUUAAGUUUUAAUAAAUAUAAGUUUUCCAGUCUUUAAGGAAGGUCAACAGAAUCAAAACGGUUAUUCUAAGAAGUUUACAUUUGUGCUUAAUGUGAUUUUCUUAAAUAUGGUGGAAUUAUUACUUCCUCAUUAUGGAGUGAUGUUGAGAUUUUUUUGGUUGUUUGAUAUUGGCUUUUUAAAUGUCAAAAUCAAUGGAGUAAAUUAUGUCGUGUAAUAGACAACACUAUUUUAUUAGGUACAAGAGAUAUUGAAUUGUAUUAUUAACCAGAUAUUAUAUAUUUUGAUCCUGAAAUUCUUAAUUGCUUUUCUGUUAUAAAUAAUUUUUGUAUCAGUUGUUUGCUAGGAUGGGAAUUCGAAGAAAUCCAAAAUUAAUGUCAUCCUUUAUUCGGUAGUCACAUUAUUUAAGGAGUUGAAGAAUGCGAUGACGAUGAUGAAGAUCAAAAUGAUGGAUGUUAUUAGUGUUAAUUAAAAUACGAUGUUAAUUGUAUUAGCUGCGAAUUUGGAAAAUGUAAUAACUGAGAUACAGGAUAUAUUUUGUCGGAAAAUUAAAACAACUUUCCCUAAAGCUAUCAUGAAAUAAUAAUCCAAUAUCCAUAUAAUUUUAUUAUUUUAGAAGAAUAAUAAUGUAUAGAAAGUGAAGUUGGAUAUUUUUAAGAGAAUGGCUAAUCUUAUCAGCAUUGUGGCGAUGGGAUUUAAAUAUAAGGACUUGAAUAAUGUGAUGAUGGAAAUUUAGUUCCUUAUGAUGGUUGUUUUCAUUGCUCAUUCUAAUGUCCAUAAAAUUGUAUAGUAUGUAUUGAAGGAGUAUGUAAUUAAUAUUGUGAGGAGGGUUUUGAAUUCAUUGAUUAAUCUUGCCUAUCCAUUUGCGGGGAUGUACUUAUAACAAAUUUGGAGGAAUGUGAAGAUGGUAACAAUAUCCCAUAUGAUAGUUGCUAUUUAUGCAAAUUUUCAUGUCCUUUGAAUUGCUUUGA